AUGGAGAUUCAACACGAAUUAGUUUCUAAAGCCGAGGAGGUUGCCGAUCAGGUAAUUCGCAAUGGAAAACAUGUGCUACCAACCCUUGCACGGCUUUGUCUCAUUGCCACGUUUCUUGAAGACGGCUUACGAAUGUGGUUCCAGUGGAGCGAACAAAGAGAAUACAUGGACAUGACAUGGAACUGUGGAAAGUUCCUGGCAACUUUGUUCGUCUUGAUAAAUUUAAUUGGUCAACUGGGAGGCUGUGUGAUGGUUAUUGGAAGAUUUAAGGUAUCCAUUGCCUGUGGUGCCCUGUUUUUCAUAGUCGUACUCCAGACGCUCGCCUACAACAUACUGUGGGAUGUACAAUUUUUAUUCCGCAACCUGGCACUUAUUGGGGCAUUGCUCCUGGUACUUGCUGAAUCACGUGUUGAAGGAAGAUCUUUGUUCGCUGGGGUGCCUACCCUCGGGGAAAACAAACCCAAAAAUUAUUUACAACUUGCUGGUCGUAUUCUUUUGGCAUUUAUGUUCGUAACGUUGAUACGUUUUGAAAUAUCAUUUAUGCAAAUUACGCAGGAUAUUGUUGGAGGUAUUUUGAUGGUAUUUGUUACUGUUGGAUACAAAACAAAGCUCAGUGCCUUGUUGCUUGUUUUGAUGCUCUCGGCGUUAAAUAUGUAUCAUAAUGCAUGGUGGACUAUCCCUGACCACAGGCCACUCAGAGAUUUCCUAAAAUACGAUUUCUUCCAGACUUUAUCUGUAGUUGGAGGACUUUUGAUGAUUGUAUCACUUGGUCCAGGUGGUGUGUCGAUGGACGAACAUAAAAAGCAAUGGUAG